AGCGACCUCCAGGCGAUAUGCUCGAUGUGGCGACUUUUGUUUGUUGAGUUUGAGCAGUAGUGUUGUUUGUUUUUGUAUUCAGAUUUUCAACUCCACAAGAAGGUGUAGCGGCUACGUCUGUUCUUGCUCUCAGCUGAAAAAAUAACCAUGUACGGCUCUAAGAACCCUUUCGCCGCCCUUGCGGCGGACGAGGACUCCACUUGUUCUAGCGACAUUGAACAGAAUGAGCAGCGCGUGGUGUGUCAAGAACAUCAAACCUCGUCCCCACAAAAUCCAGCAUCGAAGAAGAACAAGAAGAAGGUCGUCCGCAAAAAAGGCACGAAAAUAAAGCAGAGAGCUGCUGCAGCCCUCAAGAAGCUGAAAUCCAUGCUGGAGACAGACGGCGAGAAGCAAGAUAUUACGCAGGACAAAGCUUCCGGCUCCUCGUCAGCAUCAGUGCCCGCCCACGCCGCUUCUGUGAGGAAGAACAGCAAGGAAAUAAAUGGCGAGGCAUCUUCACACACGCAGUCUUCAAAUGCGGUGACACAAGGAGGAGCCAAUGGCAAGCGCGGUUCGACUUCGAGUUCUUCAAGUCCCGGCUCAUCAUCUGCUGGAGACAAGACGAAUGCAGCUGAUUGUCCUCCUGCAACACAACUACCUGCGGAGAUAGUUCCCACCUCUAGCAGUACAACUUCUAGAUUUUUCUACCGCCCCGGCGGCGUGGAGGUGCAAGUAGUGGAUAACCGCGACCCGGCUCUUUUGACCCUCUUCAAAAACAUUCCCAGCGAAAAGAACCAUAGUUGUACUAGCCGCGCGGAUCAUGCAGGAGUAGGAACAAAACCAAAAGCUUCCUGUGGCUCCAACACAGCACAACUCAGCGAGACGAAGACCGCGAAACCCGGCGAGGUGAUUGAGGUACGGUACAAGCUGUGGCUGUACGAAAAACUGCAGAAGGCUUUGGAAAGGUCGACAAAAUUCGGACCAGGGGCUCCUGUGAGCUCAACACCUGCAGCUGCUGAGCAAACACGAUCUGAAAAAUCUAGUACCGCUGCGGCCACUUCUACCUCCGCGACCACUGGUUCUACUCCUUCGAAGACAAAGAACCACCUUGACAGCCUCACUCUCGAGUUCCUGGAAAAUCAGAAACCGGUAGAUAAAGGCGAGAUGGACUGGGUCUUGGGUGUCCCCAACCUGGUCAUAGCCGGAUUCGACCAGGGCUGCCGAACCAUGAAAUGCAAAGAGGUUCGGAAACUGUUUAUCCCCUCUAAAUCCGGCUACGGGAAGAAAGGCGCGUCGCAGGGGAAAAUCCCGAAAAACGCGGACUUGGUUUUUCUCGUCGAGUGUGUGAAGAUCGGAAUAGAUUGGGAGGGGGAGAACGCGUUGCUGUCCAGUACGAAAGACGGCCGGAAGCGGAAGUACACCGCGAAGGAAAGGGAUGUCAGGAAUCGAAGGGCGAAGAAAGCAAAGAAGACUUGAUCAUUGAUCGCAGACAAGCUCUUCGAGUUGUAUCAUCUUGAACACGAACUUCAAAUGGGCUUUGGCUCUUGCAAACUUGGAACAAAUAAAAUUCUGCUUAUUUCCACAACGGGAUAGAAAAUGUGAUUGUGAUAAAAUGAAUUGCAAGUACGGACGCGAAACAGCAGCAGGGCGCACGAAAG